AUGCCUGAAGGAGAAGCUGAUUUUUCCCCAGUGAUCAUUGGCCAAUAUUGGGCUGAACCAUUUGAGGUAAUGUGCGAUGCUAGUGUCACUGAACAGGAACUACUGGUUGUGGUGUAUGCUUUCGAGAAAUUCAGAGACUACUUGAUGGGUACUAGAGUGAUAGUCCACACGGAUCAUGCAGCUCUGAGAUACCUCAUGGCAAAGAAAGAUACCAAGCCAAGGCUGAUCAGAUGGGUGUGGAUGUUUCAAGAGUUUGAUUUUGAGGUUAAGGAUAGGAGAGUAUUAACUGCAACUCUUGAUCAUAUUUUUUGGUUUGCUGGUUUUGCUAACUUUCUUGUUAGUGACUUGAUGCAUGAGGGGCUGACAUUUCAGCAAAGGAAGAGGGUGUGUGCUGAUAAUAUCAUCAGGCGAUGCAUCCCUGAAGCUGAGAUGUUGAAUAUUCUAGAGGCUUGUCACUCCUCUCCAGUGGGUGGCCAUCAUAGAGGCGCUCAGAUAGUCCAUAAGGUGCUUCAGAGUGGGAAGUAUACACUGGUGGCAGUGUACUAUGUGUCCAAAUGGGUUAAGGCAGUUUCUCUGCCUGAGAAUGAUGGCAAAAGUGUUGCUGGCUUUCUGAAAAAGAAUAACUUCUCAAGGUUUGGCACACCCAAAGCUAUUAUCAUUGAUGGCGGUUCCCACUUUUGCAACAAGGUAUUCACUGCGCUUCUAGCCAAAUAUGGGGUUAAACAACACAAGGUGGUAACACAUUAUCACCCACAGACUAGUGACCAAGUUGAGGUAUCCAAUAGGGAAAUAAAGGCGAUUCUGGAAAAAAGAGUGAAUGCCAACAUGGAAGAUUGGGCACGAAAGUUAGAUGAUGCUCUAUGGGCAAAUCGGACAGCCUUCAAGACACCUAUUGGUAUGUCUCCAUAUCAAUUGGUGUUUGGAAAGGCAUGUCAUUUUCCAGUUGAGCUUGAGCAGAAGGCACUCUGGGCAUUGAAGAAGCUGAAUCUAAGUAACUCAGGUGUUCAUUCGGGAGCUAUUGAGCUUGAGAAUGACAAGGGUGAGAGGUUCAAGGCCAAUGGUCAGCGAAUCAAGGCAUACUUGGGUGUUCCAGAAGAAGUGAAAUUAGUGGAUGAAUGUAAGCUUGAUGAAGUCUGA